AUAGCGAACUAUGGAAUGAGCAGCUCCCGAAUCCCGAAGCGCCUAAAGCUGCCGAAACUUCAAGAAGCACCCAGAAAAUCGGAGUGAGCGACGGGGAAUGCCUGUUUCUCGAUCUAUGAGUUAAGUUUGUGAGCUGAUCCCGUUGGCAAAGUCACGACCGUGAGUUAUCCUGAUUCCUAACGUUUAGUAUCCGUUUGGAACCAGCACAGCUGCUAAAUUUUCACCACAAUCAUGAGUGGAGACGACAACCCGCGAAACCCCAAGAACCUCCCGGCUCUGCUCAACUUCUGUGUCCAGAACACGGCCACGGAAGGCGCACCGAGUUCAUCCACGGCGUCGAUGGAUCCUGAGAGGCGGAAAUGGCUGGAAGAGGCAAUGUCCGACAUGACCGUCUCCCCCGUCGAGGAGAUGCAGAAGAACCUGAAUGUGAUCAAGGAAACACUGAGUCUCCAGCGAGAGAGUGCUGAACAGGCACCGACCGAGGAGGCCUGCUGCACCCUUGAGUCCGCCCUUGAGAGCAUCACCGAAUACGUUGGUUCCAUAGACUACGCCAAGGAUUUCCAUAAGAUUGGCGGCUUCGACGUGCUCGAGGACCUACUUUGCUUUCCAAACAGCGGAGUCCAGUCGAAGGCUUGUGAGCUGGUUGCCGAGCUGGUACAAAACAACCCUUACUGCCAGAAACAGGCUGCGCAGAGUCUCAAGUUCCUGUUGCAGCUUGUGGACGCCACUCAAGAAGCUGUCCGGCUGAAAGCUCUCUACGCUGUGUCAUGUCUUGUGCGCCACAAUAUUUUAGUGUACCUGGAGUUUGAGAAAUUGGACGGCUUCUCAGUGCUGCUGAGGGCGCUGCAGUCAGAGUCGCCGAGACUGAAAACCAAAGCAGGUUUUCUGCUUUCAUCAUUGUGUUCCCAGCAGGGGAAAAGCAGAGACACGCUCAUCCGAAUGGGCUUUGUGGAGCAGUUGGCUGCAAUGCUCCGGCACGAGCCGGGCCCCCACCGCGAACACCUGCUAUCCGCUCUGGACACGCUCGUGAGUGUAUGCCCUAGCGCACGCGACGAGUGCCGUCGCCCCGAGCUUCAGCUGGAGGACACACUCCGCACCGGCCUGGCUUCAAGCCACGGCCGCGAGGAACAGCGCGAAGAACACGACCACAGUACCCACAUUCUGGCCACCUGCUUUGCAGACAGUGGGACCGGCGGCGAGCAUGCCGAGAUGGACAGUGCAUUUCCAGUGGCAAUUUUGUGCACCCUGCGUUCAAAGGGAAUCUCCGAGCUGUUUCACAUUGUGGCGGGUGGUACGUGUGAUGCAGAGAUGAGAGCUCUGAUGCAGUCUCUGCAGGCGGGGAGAAGGGCUUCCUUGAAAAUAACUGUGGCCUUGAUGCUGUUCCAAAAGACAUUGUAAGGAGGGUCCAAGACCUCGACCUCAGUGCGAACCAGGCUCUCAUU